AAUCUUUCAAGUUUAAACCCCUAAAACCUCUGGGCGGAACCGCGCCGGUGGCUCUGAGGCAAAAAUGCAGUGUAUCGUAUCUGCUAGAAAACUAUCAAAGGGGGUUUUAUUCAAACAGUUUGGCUCGCAGGUUCUAGGUCCUCGUUCGUAUUGCUCUGCAAUUGUUGCUGAUAUUGGACAGCCGACCCCUACAUCUCAUCCGCAGUUACUGAAAGAUGGAGAGAUUACACCCGGCAUAGCUACAGAGGAAUACAUCCUAAGGAGAAAAAAGUUACUGCAACUUCUCCCUGAGAAAAGUUUGGCCAUUAUCUCGGCUGCCCCUGUAAAGAUGAUGACGGAUGUUGUGCCUUAUACAUUUCGGCAAGAUGCUGACUAUUUAUAUAUCACAGGCUGCCAGCAACCUGGUGGUGUGGCAGUUUUAGGGCAUGACUGUGGUCUAUGCAUGUUCAUGCCUGAAGCUAAGCCUCAUGAUGUGAUUUGGCAAGGGCAAAUAGCUGGAGUUGAUUCAGCAUUAGAUACAUUCAAGGCUGAUGUGGCAUAUCCUAUGAGAAAAUUGCAUGAGAUUCUUUCAGAUAUGUUGAGGGGAUCCUCAAAAUUGUUUCACAAUGUUCAGACUGCAAUUCCAGCAUACACGAAACUGGAGGCCUUCCAAAAGCUAUUAUUUUCUAACAAUGUAAAGGAUCUAUCUAUUUAUACCCAUCAGCUACGGUGGAUAAAGUCACCUGCAGAGAUUAAGUUGAUGAAGGAAUCUGCAUCAAUUGCAUGCCAGGCUCUCCUGUUGACAAUGUUGCACUCAAAGAUGUACCCUUUUGAAGGUAUGCUGGCUGCAAAGUUUGAAUAUGAAUGCAAAAUGAGAGGUGCUCAGCGAAUGGCGUUCAAUCCUGUGGUUGGUGGUGGACCUAAUGGAAGUGUUAUACAUUAUUCUAGGAAUGAUCAAAAGAUUGAAGAUGGAGAUCUUGUUUUGAUGGAUGUUGGUUGUGAGUUGCAUGGGUAUACGAGUGAUCUUACCCGUACUUGGCCACCUUGUGGUAGCUUUUCUUCUGCCAAGGAAGAGCUUUAUGAGCUUAUAUUGGAAACAAACAAGCAGUGUGUGCAACUUUGCAAACCUGGUGCUAGCAUUCGGCAAAUACAUGAUCAUUCGGUUAAAAUGCUCCAGAAAGGACUCAAGGAGUUUGGAAUUUUGAGAGGUGUUCCGAGCAGUGCCUACCAUACACUGAACCCUACUUCUAUAGGUCACUACUUAGGAAUGGAUAUUCAUGAUUGUUCAAGGAUCAGCUAUGACUGUCCUCUGGAGCCAGGUGUUAUCAUAACUAUUGAACCAGGAGUAUACAUCCCAUCUCAUUUUGAUGGUCCAGAGAGGUAUCGAGGCAUUGGGAUAAGAAUUGAGGAUGAGGUUCUCAUCACGGAAACAGGUUAUGAGGUCCUUACAGCAUCAAUUCCUAAGGAAAUCAAGCACGUCGAGUCCCUGAUAAAUAACUACCAUAGAAUGGGAAUGGAUAGCCACAGUAAGAUGGGAGCUACACAGAGUUAAAGUAUUGUACAAAGAACCAGGACAGUGAAUCCUUGAAGAAAAGGGAAACUCUUUCCAGGGACGCCUACCGACAUUUGAAGACCAACAACAAACCACUCCGUAACUACCCAUGCUUGUUAAUUUGAGGCUCAGCAAGUUUACUGCUUCUUGUAGCUGUGAACUUGGAGACCCGCCUUUUUUUCUGGGUGGGGAUGGUGUCUCUGUUUUUGAGAUUAUUGCGUUGAUUAUGACCCCUCAGCCAGUCUCUGGCCUUACCUUCCCUCCCAAAGACAAAAUAAAACAAAAGCGGAUGGAUAAUGGAUUCGGUUAAUUGUUACUUAUUUUGAGUAAGAACCUCAUCCAGCUAUUAUGUCGUUGAAAAAGAUUGUUUGCAAAUCUGUAAUCUGAACCUACAAAUAAAAACACUUGGUUUAGCGAGAACUACUUGUGGCAAAAA